AUGAAGAAGCCAACCGUUGCUGUUGACUUGGAGGCAUCUCUCCGUGCGUCAUUUCCGUCGCGCCGCGAUUUUUUCACAACCGAGGAUGCCACCCGUGCGCUUGCUUAUUGCACGGGAGCAUCAUUUUGGGAAACGUCUCUGGUGGUGGACAUGCGUCAGUCACACCACACCAUGGAACAGAUGCAAGCAUACGCGACGCGAAUAGCUGGGGGAAGGCGGGGAAAUGGUGAGGAGGGCCCCCGCAUGACAGCGAUGCUGCCGGGAAUUCAGGACUCACAUGGAGGCAAAGAAGCCGCGUGGGAAAGUGGCGACGGUUCGGUCCGCUCCCUGCCCGUCAAGCCGUGCGUGGAGCGAAACAGAAAGACAUGCAAGCAGUUUUGGGAAAAUGGUGCGUGCAAGUUUGGUUCACGGUGUCUCUAUCAUCACUUGGCACCCUCGCAGGGGCAUUUGGCUGACCCGAGUGUGACGAAGGCAUCCCUCGGCCACUGUUUUGGCAUCGCGAACCGAUGCGUGGAAGAGCUACCAAAGCCCAAUGUCUCUGGCG